AUGAGUUCCAGUGCAGCCUCCAAAUUGCCUCAUUCUGGCAAUGGAAAUGGAAAUUUGUUUGGUUUUUCUGUAAGUAACGGUGGAAACAAUAAACCUCUGGACCUGGAGGUUGAUUAUGUGGAGGAAUGUCCAAAGGGUCGAUAUGUUCGGUACAAUGAAGUCUUGGGCAAGGGUGCAUUCAAGACUGUCUACAAGGCGUUUGACCAACUUGAUGGAAUAGAAGUGGCAUGGAACCGAGUGAAAAUCGAUGAUGUGUUGCAGGCACCUGAAGAUCUGGAAAAAUUGUACUCUGAGGUUCAUAUUCUUAGGCAAUUGAAGCAUGACAAUAUCAUCAAGUCUUACGAUUCAUGGAUUGAUGAUAAGAAGAAGACUGUAAACAUGAUUACUGAACUUUUCACAUCUGGAAGCCUGAGGCAAUAUCGUAAGAAGCACAAAAAUGUCGAUAUGAAAGCUAUAAAGAAUUGGGUGAGGCAAAUUCUCCAAGGGUUGGCCUAUCUUCACAGUCAAAACCCACCCGUCAUACACAGGGACUUGAAAUGUGACAAUAUUUUAGUUAAUGGAAACCGAGGAGAAGUUAAAAUUGGGGACCUUGGAUUGGCAACCAUCAUGCAGCAGCCCACUGCUAAGAGUGUCAUUGGAACCCCAGAAUUCAUGGCUCCAGAGCUUUACGAAGAGGAAUACAAUGAACUUGUUGACAUAUAUUCCUUUGGUAUGUGCUUAUUGGAAAUGGUUACUCUGGACUACCCAUAUUGCGAGUGCAAUAACCCUGCUCAAAUUUAUAAGAAAGUUAUCUCUGGUGUCAAACCUGCUUCUCUUAGUAAGGUGAACAAUCCUGAAGUCAAGGAAUUCAUUGAGAAAUGUUUGGUUCCGGCUUCUGAAAGGUUGUCUGCUAAGGAACUUCUUAAGGAUCCCUUUCUUCAAUUUGAGAGUUCAAAAGAACCUGUUUGCAAUUCAUUAAAAUUACGAUUACCUAAUGAAGUUCCUAGAUCUUCAAGUCUUUUAAAUCCUGGGCCGCAUUCUAUGGAUAUAGAUCCUGAAUAUAACCAGUCGAUGUGGACAGACUCCAAUUGUGGGAGCCCACAUUCUCUAGAACUGGAAUUUCAAAGGAUGCAUCAGAAUAACGAGUUCAGACUGAAGGGGAAGAAAAAUGAUGACAACUCAAUCUCAUUGACCUUGCGAAUUGCAGACAAGGGUGGCCGAGUGAGGAAUAUACACUUUCUAUUCUACCUUGAUUCAGACACUGCUCUCGCUGUUGCAGCUGAGAUGGUUGAGCAACUGGAAUUGGCAGAUCAUGAUGUGGUGUUCAUUGCCGACUUUAUCGACUACCUCAUAAUGAAAAUUUUACCCAACUGGAAACCUUCAUCUGAUUGUCACUCCAGUGGAGAAAGAAAUGCAAGUGGCCUAACCUUGAUGGCAAAUCAAUGGAGAAUGUUCUUGGCAGAUUCUCCAGCCAACUUCAAGCUUGACCAACAUUACGUGUCUGAGUUUCAUAAAGAAACUCAUAUUUGUGUACAAUCUGACGGGAAACAUGAAGAGUCACUAGGAUCAGUGACCUCUGAGGUUAUGCUUGAAGAUAUUUCAAUAAAGAAUGUGAACACUCGCAGAUGGGUUGAUUCUGGUAACAAUGGAAUCUCGAAAGCUUCUAGUGAUGUUCUGGAAAUGGAGUAUAGGGAUCUAUAUUAUUUCGAGUGCAAUGUGCAUGGAAAUGUUAGUGAUGAAGUAGAACUUCUUCCAAUGAACCAGAUGACAGAAAAGUCAGAAUCGGUUUUCUCCGAGGAUCUAAAUGCCGUCUCCAAAUAUAUGAGCCUAGCAAGCAGUUGUUCGUCUUUAACCUUAGUCGAGAAAGACCCUGAAAACCAGAUGAAGUCAGAGAUUGAUGCAAUCGAAACACAAUAUCAGCAAUGGUUUCAAGAAAUUUCGAGGAUGAGGCAGGAGGCAACAGAGGCUACCAGGAAGAAAUGGACAGACAAAAAAGUUACCGUUCAUUGA